AUGAAGCUGGCCCGCACCCUGACAGCCCUUCUACUCCCCCUGGUAUCUAUACACACUGUAUCAGCGGCGGAUGUGGAAGCAUGGAAAUCCCGCAAUAUCUACUUUGCCCUAACUGAUCGCGUUGCUCGUGGGAGCGACGACACCGGUGGAGAUGCUUGUGGCGACCUUGGAAGCUACUGUGGUGGAACUUUCCAGGGCUUGGAAUCCAAGCUCGAGUACAUCAAGGGGAUGGGCUUUGAUGCAAUCUGGAUCACCCCUGUUGUUGCUAAUGCGGAAGGUGGAUAUCAUGGAUACUGGGCGCAGGACCUCUACAGUAUCAAUGAGAACUAUGGCACGGCUGAUGAUCUCAAAAGUUUAGUUAGUGCUGCUCAUGACAAGGGAAUAUAUGUCAUGGCAGACGUAGUUGCCAACCACAUGGGAUCGCCCAUCAGCGAUAACAAGCCGGAGCCAUUGAACCAGGAGAGCUCCUACCAUUCCACCUGCACAAUCGACUAUUCAAGCCAAGACAGCGUCGAGACCUGCCGCAUUGCAGAAGACCUACCCGAUGUGAACACCGAGAGUUCCGAGAUCCGGACCCUCUUCCAGGAAUGGAUCGCCUGGCUCGUCGAGGAAUACAGCUUCGACGGCCUGCGCAUUGACACCGUGAAGCACGUCGAAAAGGACUUCUGGUCCGCCUUCUCCGAGGCUGCUGGGGUCUACACCAUCGGCGAAGUCUGGGACGGCGACCCUGCCUACCUCUCCGGCUACGCAGACAGCAUGGACGGCCUGCUCAACUACGCAGUCUACUACCCCGUGAACAGCUUCUACCAGCAAACAGGCCCCGCCCAGGAUAUAGUCGACAUGCACGGGCAAAUCGACAACGCGUUCCCCGACCCCAGCGCCCUAGGCACGUUCAUAGACAACCACGACAAUGCGCGCUGGCUGAGCGUCAAGAACGACAAGACGCUUUUGAAAAACGCACUCGCGUACGUGGUUCUCGCCCGCGGAAUCCCGAUUAUCUACUACGGUACUGAACAGGGGUACGCGGGCGGCAACGACCCCGCAAACCGUGAGGAUCUAUGGCGCAGCAACUUCAGCACCGACGCGGACUUGUACAAGGCGAUAUCGCUGCUGUCGGCGGCAAGGAAGGCUGCUGGCGGGCUCGCUGACGACGACCAUGUCCAUCUGCACGCCGAGGAGUCGGUAUACGCGUGGAGUAGGGCCGGUGGAGACCUCAUUGUCGUCACGUCCAACGGGGGGUCUGGAUCUGAGGUUGAGCCCUGCUUUGACUCGAAGAAGCCUGGUGGGACGUGGACGAAUACCUUUGGAAAUGGGACGUUCACUGCUGAUGACGGCGGGCAGGUCUGUGUCGCGAUUUCUAAUGGUGAGCCUGCCGUGCUGGUUGCGGACGCUUAA